AUGAAUGCUUGUUCGCAAGUCUUGCCUGGCCUCGAUUUUGGUGAUGAUUGCGUCGCGCUAAUCAAUGAGGUUUCGCUUCAUCAAAUGAAAAUUUCGCGCGCCAAAAUCGUCGAGCAGCUCGAGUUAACGUUGAAGGAGAUGCGUGAAAGUACGCUGUCAAAUGACGUCGAUUGGAACGGGAUGAGUGCACGGCUGGAGCAAGUUUUCGUGUUCAACGUCAAGACAUCGCUGGCCAAUUUGUUGUUGUUUACGGCUAGCGAUGUGACAUUUUCUGCCAUUCCACCGGCCCUCUUCCACAGCAAGUUGGCCGUGACGGUGCAUGAGGAGCUGUUGGUUGGCGCGAUGAACGAUGUGGCCGAAGCGAUGGCCACUUAUUCCAGCGUUGGCGACGAGAUGCGCUUUGUAUCCCCGAUGCUACUGUUGACGAUCGCCAUGUUCCUGCACCACAUUGCUGGCAAGAGCGCCCAGUAUCUGAUGCGGCUCUGUGAGGAACAGUUUCUGCUCGUGGAGAAGAAGCGCAAAGAUCUGACGCACACGGACACCGUCGUUGCCGCUCUACGAGAUGCUGCCCAAGGUGUCAUCAAGCGAUUCGUUGACGCCAAGGUUCGAGAUUUUGACCAGCUACUCGCCUCCAUUCUGAACGACGGCCGCAAGGAGGUCAAGGCUUCCCGGACACCAAGGCAAACGGACCCCUUCCAGCGCGACACGCUGUGGAGCGAACGUGUGGAUUUUCAUGAACAAAUCGCGUUCACGCGUGGCUCAAUCAUUGCCGGGAUGGUCAAAGUGUUCCUAAAGGUCUUCAUCGAAGCCAUCCGCACGCAGACAUUCGGAGCGAUGCUUAGCCCGGUGUCGUGUGUGGCUUCUACGGCUCCUUGGAACUCGCCGACAGGGGAAUAUCCUAUGUGCGUCGACAGAAAUGAAAAACCCAUCUGCGACUUUGACAAGUUUGUUGAUGGCCUACGACGGAAUGGCCAGGUCGUAGUUAUCGACGGCGAGCUAACGGCAAAGGAAAAAGCCCAAAUCGAUGCGUUCGCCUGCUACCUGCAACAAAAGCUGAUGCCCGCAGUGGACUACACCCUAUGGGUCGACGAGUCGAACUAUCAGACCACCACCCAUUAUUGGAGACGAGUUGUCCGUUCCUUGGGGAAGGCCAACAAGAACAAGAUCAUGCUGGAUGCGCUCCAAGCACUCAACAUGCUUUCGGCACGAUUGGGGGACAACAAAUAUUUUUAUGGAGAUAAGCCCACCUCCCUUGACGCGCUGGUUUUUGGAUAUCUGGCAGUCUUGCUUCGAGUCCCUCUCCCCAAUGAUCGGCUUCAAGUCCACCUCUCGGCGUGCCCGAAUUUGGUCCGUUUUGUCGAGUUGGUCACCUCCAUUUACCUGCCGUUGAACGAGGCACAAAUUGCGAAUUACAAGGCCACUCAAUCAUUUUGGCUGACUCGGGUCGCCAAGGCCGUUAGCCAGAAAAAGGCGGAGACGGGGCAGCCGAAAGAAGAGGACGGCGAGGAUCUGCCAAUUAGGGAUGCUCUUCUUUUUGGACUCGGUGCGUUGACGCUCUCCCUAUUGUUUGCCGUCCAUUCGGGAAUUAUCGAAAUACAGAUGAAGGGGCUGAUCGUGCUGGCCCUGGUGGCCCUUUGUGUUUACGCCGAGGAGCAGGGCAAGCUCCAGAUCGGGAUCAAGAAGCGCGUCGAAAAUUGCGAGGUGAAGAGCCGAAAGGGCGAUCUUCUCCACAUGCACUACGUCGGCACGCUGCUCGAUGGGACCGAGUUCGACUCUUCUCGCGGCCGCAACCAGGAGUUCACCUUCACCCUCGGACAGGGGCAAGUCAUCAAGGGCUGGGACCAGGGCCUCUUGAACAUGUGUGAGGGCGAACAGCGUCGUCUCACCAUCCCGUCCCACUUGGCCUACGGAGACCGUGGAGCCCCACCAAAGAUCCCGCCGGGUGCCACGCUUCGCUUUGACGUCGAGCUGAUGAAGAUCGAGCGCAAGGAGGCCGAGCUU